AUGUUCAAAGAAAAAGAAACGACAAUCGACAUCGUUCAAUUGGUGAACAAUUCUGAACAAGCCACACCAGACGAAAUUUUAGCCGAAGCUUUCAAGAGAUGCCAAUGCAAGAAAUUACGGGCAGCCUGCACGAAAUUAGGUCUCCAUCCUCAGUCUGAACCUUCAAUGAAUUCUAAAAACGGAUACAUUCAGUUACUAUUGACAUAUCGACGCGCUCGACGACAAGGUGUAUUGUUUACAGGAUAUUCUAAACACAAGGUUACACAUCAGAGACAAUCGGGUCCUUCUAGUAUCAUCAAGGGCAGGACACCAAAUUGUGGGUUUGUCCUAGUCAAUGUCAUCUUUUGUCCUUCUUUAAUUACCAGAAUUGCCGAAUCUGGAGCAGUACCAGGCACAGGAAAAAAGAUCAAGUCGGUGGAUGGUAAUUCUAAAUACUGGCGAGAUGUAGCUGAGAUCUAUGCCAGUAGGCCUCUUACUAUUCUUAGGAUCGAAGGAUCAUUAGGACGGUAUCCUGGUAUUGAUCCGACACUGGCGGCUCAUCAUUCUUCCGUAAAGCUUUGUGCAAUUUGGAAAGAGAUGGUAACCACAUACGACGAUUGUAAUUCGCGUUGGAAACAAUCGGAGACGAAUCACUUGGGGUUCGAGCAAUUUUGUACGCAGAUGGAUGUACUCUAUUUACAUGAAAGGUUACAGUUGCAACCUUUUAGAUCGAUGGAUUCACUUCAGUUUUCAGAACGAGUAAGGACGGAGAAUAAAGAUAGAAGCUCAAACUUAUCAAUUGAAAGAAUCGAAAGUGAUCUUGCGAAUGAAGUUUCACUAGAAAGUCAGGAUUCAAGCACGAAUGGAACUCACGAUGGAGUUCAAAGACUGAAUGCACAAAAGCAGAUUUCGGGCAAUAGCAGAGUUUGUGAUGUUCAACAGCGUAAUGUAUUGACGAGAUCAGAAGCGGUGCAUUUACCAAUUCGACAAAAUUCUGAUGUAUGGAAAAGGCCUUUGCGUCGAGGCUCGGGUAUGGUGAGAGAUAGGGUCAAUCAAAUUUUGAACCCAAAGCGACAUCGUGUGAAUGUGUAUGAAGGCAUUAUCUUUUCGUCACAAGCAGUGCGAGAAACGAUGACAGCACUCGAAGCUCUCAGAAACAGCCGAUUUGACAAUAAAGUCAUCGCUCAAGCCGAAGAAAAGGUGGACGUCAUCGUGCAGGCUUGGCUUCGCGAAUUAGAUAAUGUUGCACACGUAUGA